AGGGUACACGCCUUCAUCACAAAACUCCGUUUCUUUCAGAGGGUUUUAUUUCUAAAAAUAUAGCAACAUUUCAAUUUUUCGGAUGACGAUCAUUGAAAAAUACAGGCAUCCUCCACGUGAAAAAGUGGUUCUACAAGGAACUACAGAAGGUUUUACUCUCCCUUCUUAUCACUAUUUACGGUUUAUUCCGUAACACAUACCCUGCAUACUCAAUCAGUUCAAGCCUAUAAGUAUACCCCACCAAAUGUGCCUGAGAUACUAGGAUGGCUACUGAAUGCUUCUGGGGCGGCGAUGGCGGUGGCGGCGGCGGCCGCGGCGGCUCAGCCGUGCUCAAGCAACUCAAUGUCGUCUCCUCUGUGCAACGCAAGGAUGAACUGGACUCGUACAUAUCCCUUUUUGCCGAGGGUUACCUGGGUCGCAAUGACGUCGACGUGUCACGGCGUCGUCACAUGUGGGACCUGCUGGACAGUCACGAGUUUGGGACAUGUCCGCCAUGUGACGCCGAGCCCAGAAUCGGCGCCGGCGACGAGCCCGUUGGCGAGGCGGAGUUGCAGCGGCGGUUGAAUGCGUGUCGCCUGUUGAUGCCGCUCCGUGUGCCGUUGUCCGUGUUCUCGCCUUACAUUUGUCCCGAGGAUAAUUUGGCCAAUGUGCAAGACAUUUUUGCCGAGCUCACGGGCGACGAAGACUUCUCGCUACAAACUCUGGCUUUGCCAUGGAUUAUGAGACCAGUAUCAGCAAUGGAUGAUCAACCUCCGAAGGCUUCCGAGGAAGGCAGUGGACUGAGUCAACUUGAAUUGUUCCUCAUGAAAAUUGAAAUUGAACGUCGAAGGUUGAUGGAGGAAAACCCAGGAAUGGAUCCAUGCGAAUUGAAGAGGCUGCUGGACGAAAGGGAGGAGCAGAUGUGGCUUGAACUUAAAACUGCAGAUGGGGUGGUACCUGUUGAUCCCAAAGAUCGUUUGCGGCGGCUGCGAUCCCGCGGCGUCCUCAUGGAACGGGUGCGUUGGAAGCGAGGCAACGAGCAGGACGCCCUUUACGAGGACGAUUGUGGCGGCGUCGAGGGAAUCGGCGCCCGCGGCGCCGGUUGCACCGGCAUGCCGUCGACUCGCUCGGCCGCCGACAUCGCGUGCCAGCGUUUGGUGCAAGACCGCGUCAGUGACGUGAGGUCUGUGGACAAGGCCCUGAAGGUGGCCAAGUCCCCGUCUCUAAUAAUGGAAGACGACCAGGGACUGUUGGAUUGGGCGCCUUGCAGCGAAUUGGGGUUGUCUAAGCCGCCCCGACCUGCCAAGCGGGUGCAGAACUAUGACCAGGACAACCGCACAGAGCAUGCGUUCUCUGCGCGGCCAAAGUUGCAUGCCCGCAGGACACACCAUUGGGGAGAAGUGGCAGGGAACCCGUAUUUCUGCAGGAAGGUGGUUGAGUGUCGCAGGGAACCCUCUGUGGCUGACAUGAAGGACCUGGUGAAGUUGUCGCAUGAGCAGGGAAAGCUCUACAAAGAGUACUGUGGUCCCAUGGAUGAUCCACCAUCCCUGCUGUGCUCCUUCUUCACCAAACUGUUUUGUCCUGACUCUUGCUGCACACCUUCAUCUGGACCCAGUGCUAAUCCUAGACUGAGCACAAGUGGACAAACUGCACCAUGUCCAAGAACUAAUCCGAGACCACCGCGAGAACCCACACCGUUGGAGUCAUUGGUGGUGUCCUCCAGCGUGGGUAAGGGCUCCUACCCUUUCACCAGCUCCACCAAAGUUCGUCCUCGGCGCCACACCAUCAAGUAUUGCUGGAGCAGGAACAACACUCGCCUUCAGGAGACCUUCAAGUGCUGAAAACCGUCACUUAUGUGCAGGACAAGAGGACCACCAUAAUUUGUUUAUUGUCUCCAUUUAUUUCUCAGCAUGAAAGAAAAUACAUUAUUAAAUCAGGGCAUAUAA